UCGGUCCAUGCGUCACAAUAAUAUCCUCCAAUAUCUUUCCACUCUUUAUUUUUGGCGCUACAAAGCAGUAAAGGAAAAGGGCCUUUUCUCUCUCUCUCUGUCGAUCUGAUCAGUCAGAGAUCAGAGAUCCUUACAAUUCCCACCUCACCCACUGUCUUCUGCCCCCUUUCUCUGAUUCCUUUUCCAGUGCUCCACCUCACUCUUACCCACGAAAUGUCCGACCGGAUCCCCUGAUCCGCUUUUCUUUCCCUCUUUUUCAGUCUCCCCCUCAUCAUAAUCCGCCAUUAGAACAAGCUCUGAAGCAGGCCGGAGAUUGAAGUGGAGGGAAAGGCCAGGGAUUGAAGCUCUGAGUCACAGAGGAUGGAAAAGGAGAAGGAAAGAGGGGAUCCGGCCUUUCAGCCAACGGCCUCUGUAAAGGGCCUACGCUUCGGAGGGCAGCUGAUGAUAAAGAACUUCAAAGUUCGCCGAGCUGCGCCUCUAGAAUUCAGCCGUUUGCUCUCUACAGCCGCUGAAUCGCAUCCUUUUCCUACCACGGCGGCCUUUAUUCCGACGAAUUUCUCCAUUCUUGCACAGCAUGCUUGGCGCACAUUAACCCUAGGUCUGGGAACGAAGAAAUCGAAGGUCGUUGUUUUCGUCUUCGAAUCGGAGCAGCUGAAAUCGAUGGUGGAGCGCGUGUGGCCGCUGGAGAUCUCGCUGGGGGAGGUUAACAAGAAGCUCAUCAGAGCCCUUCCGGGCUGUGAAAUGGCGCGAUUUAAGUUCAGAAAGGGUUGUAUUACCUUCUAUGUUUAUGCCGUUCGCCGCCAGGGCAGCAUUGGCUUUGCCAGGUCCGAGGAUUUAAAGCAUAUUUUGCAGAGCAUCGUGGCGCUCAACGAUUUUCUCGAUCACACCGCCAUGCUGGCUACCCCUCACCAGAGGUCCAUCUCGUACUCCAUGCCUAUGGCUGUUGCACAUUAAAUCUCUGGCUCCGAUCAUUAAUUAAAUUACAUUGUUCUGUUCUCUUUUGUUACUAUACCCUUUAUACCAUUUUUGUUAUCUUAUCUCCGAUCCAUGGUGUGUAGAUUUUUCAUUAACAUUCUCAGAGUUUUAGUUACUACCCAGUUUAGAUAUUGGUUUGUACUGAGAAGAAAUCAUACCAGUCGAGUCUCUCUUCAUCUGGCCUCUUCCUUUUUUUUUCAUUUUUCCCUCUGUACUGUAAAUACGCAGAAUUAUGUUUUCCUGUGAUAAAAUUUGAUAGAUGCCUUUCAUUA